GUUGUAAAAUGGAGCGUGGCGCAAGGCGAGGGCAAGGAGCACCUUUCUACGUGCCUCCACGACGGAAGACAUCCGCAGAGAUCAUAAGCGAAGCCAGAGCUGCUAUAAGCGGAGAGAUGAGUUCAAGCGGAUCCAGUUUGGGCGCGCUCCGACCGCUGCGCACGCGCAGGCCGUUCACGCCACGCGAGCCCCAACGGACGUUGUUCAGCGAACGUAUCAAGAAGAAAGAUGCCAGACCACCUAGUUCUUUUGACCUUAAAUACAUGACAUUAGCUGAAAGCAACGAGGAGCUGGUGUCUUCAGGAGCGCGCAUCGCCGGACUCGACGAAGAAGAUCUCACACUUAUAAGCGAUGCACAUAAUGAUAUCAAGAAGAAAUCAUUGAAUCGCAACAAAAUAGUACCGCUGGAUAAAACAAACACAGAAUGGAGCGGCUUCCCAAAGCUACCGCACCUUAGCGGCAAAAGUAAACCUCUGCACCGGAGGAACACUACUUCCAGUAGCGAAAUAAAUUCUUGUGAGAGUGACCUUUCUCAAGCUAUUUCAACGAAACCUAUUGGAUCUUCUUCUGGAGACGCUACAUAUUUCAACACACAGAGUUUUCUAUCAAACAAAUCAGCGUUAAGUCCAGACAAAAGAAGACAGUACACGAUGGGCAAAUCCGCGUCAUGUGACGUCAGUAUGGGGGAACUGGGCGAUGUUGGAAUCAAACAGAUUGCCUUGCAACUUCCCAAAACUAGAUACGAGGAUUUUGAAAAAAUGACAGUUCUAGAACUUUCCGAAGCGUUGUCACAAAAGAGCCGUGACGUUGAACGCACGUUGGGCCUGCUUAAAGCCUUACAAAAAAAGGUUGAAGUCUCUUUACCAACAAAUAAUCUCCUAGAGGUUGUGUUGAGGUCUUUGUACACCCAUAUAGAUGGCGAUGAUGAAGUGCUGGUGGCUAUUGCAAGAGCUAUGCUUACAAUGCGCGUUACAGGACCGCACCUUGCAGCUGCCUGCAAAUUGGUUUUCAAAAUUGCCAGAAAUGACAAAAAUGAUCAUUUCUUUAAGAACAGCAACCUUUUAGAGCUGGUGGUGGAGGGGUGCGGUCGCGCGGAGCCGCUCACGGAGAGCGAGUGCUGCGUGUACGCAGCGGGCGCGCUGCGCUUCCUCGCGCUCGAGCCCGCGCUCUGCGCGCUCGCGCACCGCGCUGGUGCGCUGCACCUCGCCGCGCUACACCUCAAGAUACUGAAUAAUGCUAAAGUAGAGCGGCCGCGCCACGUGUCCGAUCAAACGAUACACGCGCUGUACCAAGUGACGGGCGCGCUGCGCAACCUCGCGAACGCUGUGGAGCACGCGCGCUCGUUCGUGUCGAGCGGCGCGCUGGCCGAGCUGCUGGCGGCGCUGCGCCUGCACACCGACCGGGACGUGCUCACCAAUGUUGCGCGCUGUCUUAGCGUGCUAUCAGCGCAGGACGCAUGCUGCGAGUGGAUGUGCGCGCAGCCGCGCAGCGCCGGCGCGCUGCUAUCGGCGCUCGCGGCGUGUGCGCCCCGCGCGCCGCUCGCCGUGCGUCUGGCGUACGCGCUCGGCAACAUGGCCGCCGCGGACGAGACCGCGAGGAUACGGAUUUAUAAUGAAGAAAACAGCAUCGAUGUGUUACUUACUAUUUUAGAGUCAUACACAAAACGUAACAUGAAUGACGCACGGGAUCUUAACUCAGACCCAGACCUUCAUUUAGUAGGUUCCGAUUUGGGUGGUUCAGAUGGAUCUAACGAAGAUAUGCUAAUUAAGACAGUGAGAAUCGUAGCGAAUCUAUGUCUCGCUGAGAGUGUUGGCAAAAGUAUAGCGGAAUCCCACGCGGAAAGAACGAUUCGGGCUCUGCUGGCUUGUUUAGAUGUAGCUGAAAAAUCUUUGAAUAACGAGGCAUCAGAAGCACCAGAAAGUGAAACAGAAUCUCAGUGUGAGAGACAGGACGAGCUAGCGAUGGCGGCGCUGGCCACGCUCAACAACGUGACGUUCUACUUGGAGCCACCACCUUCACCGCGACGUCUUGAUGAUACGCUGGAUCUGUUGUGCAAAGCAACAUGCGCAUGGGCUCGCGGCACGGGCCCGGCGGCGUGCGAGGCACUGCGCGCGCUCGGCAACCUGUCGCGGUCGGCGCGCGCCGCGCAGGUGCUCGUGCUCGAGGGCGCGCUCGACCUUCUGCCGCCCUUCCAUACGCACGAGGACGGCAGCGUGCGCUGCGCGGCGGCCGGGCUCCUGGUGAACGUGUGCGGCGCGGGGUGCGGCGCGGAGACGGAGACAUUAGCAAAGAAUAUGUGCUGCGUGAAGUACACCGCAGCAAUGGACACCUUAUCCGCGGUGUACUGUCAGGUUAAAUCCGGCUCUAAAAAUGACGAAUCGAUAUUCAGUGUUUGUGAAGCGACUUGCGUGGGCGAGAGAAGUGACGUAGCAAUGUCCCAGCAACAUGUACAGUUUGCCAUAAAUCAAGAAAAUAACCAUGUGCCUAUCCAAGAAUCAAUUACAAUGAAACCAAAGAGACACGAUGAUGGCCUACACGAACCUAGUUCGGAUGAAGACGCUGACAGGACUGGGUGCUCCGGCGAAGACCUAGGUUUCGAAGAGGGCGAGCUGGACGAGUGUGACUGCGAGCCGUGCAGGCGUCUAGCGGCCUGGGAGGAGCUGGUGGGGGUGGCAAUUCCCUUGCUCGAGAGACUGCGCCCGCCCAGAGCCGACGCGUCCGUUGGAACCGAAUAGAACGUUCUAGAAUGUUCGAGAACGUUCUAGAAGCAGCCCAUCGAGAAACGGUGCGACUGGGAAUGGACAGUUUUAAAAGCAUUGUAUACGAAUAAAUGUUGU